UUAUUCCAACUGGCAAUGUGGUAAAAAUAUGGUCUACGAAACCUUGCGUCACGAAACCUGUGUUUUCUAAUGUUUUGCAAAUCUUUCGGUAUUGAUUAGUUAGAUUGAUUUUAACAACGAUUUUUAAUUUUUAAUUGACGAUAACUAUCAAUCAAAAUAUAUUCUUUUGAUUGGAUGUACCCUAUUCAAAUGCCAGCUUCGGCAACAGGUGACCCAAACACAAAUUGUGACUACUGAAAUCAUUAAAAUUUAACCUGUGGGAAUAAGGUUUCUGGGAAAAAAUCAAGUUUUUACUGCAUAAGCAACAUGGAAGGACUCCAUGACAAGUUCACAGCACCAAAUCCUCCAACUGAAGUGGCCCGAAGAUCAGUAAAUAGCAACAACAAUAUGGAUCCAUCUUUUAUAUCUCUGUCUUUCAUUACUGAUGAUGACAUAUUGGAAGAGUUUACUACUGUCAAUGAAACUAUACUAGAUGACUAUAGUCAAGCAAGUACAGCUGCUUUGAGCAACUCACAUGGCAGUGAAAUCUCUCAAAUUAUCACUCGUGUUUCAGAAAGCCCAGUUAUGGAAAACCUGUUGACUUCUCAGCUUACUUCUGAACCUGAUUCAAAUCUCAACUUGUCAAGACCUAGUCCAGAUUCACCUAGUGCAAAUACUGAAGAAGCCGAGGAUGAUGAUGAUGUUCUACCUGCAUCACCUGUUCCUGCCAACCAGCCACCAAGGAGAACACCUGUGAAUUUGUCCAGAUCUUCAGCUUUUGUCACCAUGGCUAUCGGAUCUCCCGUUCAAGGUUCUCUGCGGACCCUACGCAAUAUUGAAGAGGCCGCAACAAGUACUGUGCCAGAUAAACUGGACUCAUCCCCAGAAGCAAAUGAGGCAGCUGCUAAAACGAUUGUGACCGUUGACCCCCUGGGUAGCGUAUCAAAAUCAAAAUCCAUGCGUCAAAUUCAUUUUGAAAGUGACAGUGGUUCCAACCACUCUGUUGUGGUCGAGUCUCCAUCUUCAUUCCUAUCGGAGCCCAACCGGGGUUUAGACAACUCUAUCCAAAAGCCUACCGUCAGUCGACCAGCAGAACCCUCUGAAGACGCCGAUGAUGGGAUUGAAUUUGUAGAAGAAAUCCGACGCAAUGUCCGCGAGGACCCUGGUUCCCCCGAAAGCUCAGUUGCAAUUCCGGCCGCUCAGCCACGACGUGAAGCCGAUUCAGCCUCGCAGGACUUGACUCCACGGCUGACACAGUCUCCGUCAUCUAUUCCGUUUUCACAAGAUCUAUUGAGCACCUCGCCAUUUCGCGAUCCAGACUCACAGAGCCACCGCUUCGUUGAGUGCUUUCAAACGCAAGAUCUAGUAACUCGAACUAAUCAUUCUUUGGAUGAAACAACUGAAAAUCCGGAGGCAGAAUUGAGUACUGAAAUCAUAAGUUCCAAACUCGAACUAAGUGCAGAAUUCUGCUCGCAACAGUCACCUUUGAAUGGGCCGUCGUUGGGUCUCAACCAAUCCAUCCCCACAGUCAACACACCAUCGCUCUCAGUGGUACCGAAGUCUGAUGGAAAAGGGUUUCAAAGUAGUGCCGACACCAUAGAUCGCGUUUCGUCACAGGAGAAUACUCCGGAAGUGGAAGCUGAACAGUGGGUCCCAUUUGAAGCAGUGACACGAGUUUACAACGUUCUAGAAAGGACUUGGGUUAUGCGAACUUUUAAUAAAAUGUUGCCAAUGUCUAAAAUGGAAGUGGCGCUUUCAGGUUCUGUGUCGGAGCAAGUGCGGAUGGGUUUAUUCGAUAACAUGGAUUGCGAAACAUUGCCGGGUUCACGGCUAGAGUCAUUUGCUGAGCUUUUGCAGCGGCAUGUGAGCCAGAGUUCAAGUGGCUACAAUGCUGAUUUAUCCGGGAGCUACAAAUCAGAAACAGCCUCAAUGCGUUUGUCGCGCUUUUCAAUCGCUUCGAAUUUCGAAACUGCUCCGAUUGCCUGUAGUUCAAUGCUGAGUAGAGCCAGUCUGGAGCCACCAAUCUUACCUGGCAGCAGCGAGUUUGCAAUGCCUAAGCAUCCCGUUCGCCAGAAGACCACUCGCUCUGGGAACAAUGAGUCAUCUAAGCCAUCCAGUCCUUGUGCACAGUUAAAAGAAGAUGGCGCUACACCUCUUCCGUCGCAUCCCUCUUCGUACCCAGACUCGACGGAAUGCUCCUCAGCUGUUGAAUUAGCAGGCGGUUCAGGUGUCCCUCAAGCAUUAGACAAAGAACCUUCAAGGAUCGCAGUAGAAGAGACACCAGCAUUUACGGAAAUAAAAAUAGCGCGCAAACGCGGACGCAAGCCCAAAAUUCCCGAAAUGAUAAAGGAAACUGACUCCAGUACUGAGACUCCGCCCAAGAAAGGUCGACGAGGUCGUCCACCGGCUGACGGGACACCGGCGAAAAACAAAACGAAUGGUGCUAAGAAAAAUCAGGAACCUGAGAAACCGGAGUCGAAUGCCAGUCGACCUCCCACUGAUACCAACCCCAGCCAAUCAAAUGCCGACGCUGGUAGUGAUAAGUCUUCGGAAGAUUAUCUCAGAGAACUCGAUGAAGUAGUAGAAGAAUUACGCGCUCGUUCCUAUCAAAUAGAUAGACCUGUUUUUGCACAGUGGACAGAUAAAUGCUUUUAUGCUGCCAAGAUUACUCAGCGUGAUCCGGUCCAGACAGGAAAGUGGACUGUCAAGUUCGAAGAUGGACAAUCGCGUAGUCUAGUCGAAGAAUUUAUUUUGCCCGUUUCGCUAUUGAACAAACACCAGCCGGUUCUGGUUCUUAACGAGGACUUGAGCGAAGGCCGACCUGGUGUGAUUAUUGGAUAUAGUAAAAUUAAACCCAAUGAGCCAGUUGAAAAGAUUGAGCAUUUGAUCGAAAUGGAUGGUUGUGAGACUAUUAAAGUCCCAAGACAGAGGAUUUGUUUAACGCAAGAUCAUAUGCGCCACUGGAAUGACGCGGUGGUGGUGCCACAGCUCUUUUCACCUCACACCUGUAACGUCAGUCUUGAUAAUAUUCUAGGAGGUAAGCGUAGUAGAAGAACCACAACUGCCGAACUCGGAGUAUCUUCACCUAAGAAAACUCCGAAAAAUCCCCGCACUCCUAGAUCCAGAUCGGUGACUCCAGCAGUUGCGCCAGAACAAACACCUAAACGUUCUCUUCAGAAUUCGGGAUCGUUGCGCCGAAAAAUUAAGGGGAAAAGAGAUUUAACUCUGGAUACUUCUACCAUGAGCGAAAGUAGUGGAACUUCAUUCCUUCAACACGAGGAGACGUCUUUGCGAACCCGUAUUCUUGAUCGGAUGAAUGCAGCAUUACCAGGUCGCUCAACAGUUCAAAGUGCGCUGGAGGAAGAAAAUGUUGAACAAACCAAAGAAGAAGUGAACCUUCAAAUCGCCGGACCAAUUCCCCAGAAUAACAAGCUUUUCGCUGGGUUUGCAUUUCUUCUCACGAAGGCAUCAAGACCUCUCGAAGUGGAUCCUGAUGAAAUAACUGACGAAGUUGAGCCGUACCUGAACCCUACUCCCUACUACAAAGAGCACAUUAAGCAUCAAUUGACGGCAGGUGGUGGAACGGUCCUAGAGCGAUUUGAUCUGAGUCAAAUUGAAAUGGAAGAAGAUAUUGUUUUGUUGGUUUGCAAUCGACCUUGUCGCACAGAAAGAUACAUUAAAUCUCUAGCUGCCAACAUCCGCUCCGUUUCUCAUGACUGGGUUUAUCAAUGUUGCCAAAGCAACGAAAGAUUCAACUACCAACGUUACUUGCACCCACCUGGCAUUGACCUUCAAGGUAGUAUUGUUGAGUGGUCUUCAAGCACCGGCCGUUGUUUCGUUGGCACACGUAUCCUUUUAAGUGGUCCGCCAGAAUUUAACGAUCUUUGGGUACCUAUUCUUGUUCAAGCUGAAUGUAUAAUUGUUUCCCGCUUACCUGCGCGCGCAAAAAGACCCGUUUCUGAAGGGGCUAUUGCUGACAGUGGUGUCGCGGAAUCUGAGAAAGCGUUGUGUGACGAAGUUCCGUUUGAUUACGUAGUUACAACCAAAGACUGUACAGCUAAAAUUGUUGAUCAGGCUCGUCGUAUGAAGAUUCCACUAGUCUCAUCUACGUGGGUCAUUCAAUCAUUGAUUCAUGGAAAAAUACUAGAUCCAUCUUCGAGUCCUCAGUUCAGUUUUAACUACGCUAAACCAUGAUGUUUUGUUUUACUGUCUCACAGAAUUGUUUGGAAUUCAAACACACACUAAAAAAAAAAAAAAUACAAAAAAAAAAUAACAAAAUUCCGUAUGACUGUUAGAUUUUUGUGUCCUCUUGAUUUUUAAUUCCUUUUUUAAAUUCAAAAAUGACCUAUGGAUUUAGUGUUGAGUGCCAUCGCGUGGCUUUUUAAGCCAUUAAGCCCCCUUUUUAGUUUCUCUUUUUUCUUUCUAUUGUGGAUGUUCCCAUUUAUCACAUCCCUUCACCACAAAUGGUAUGUUUGUUGUAAAACAAUUUAGAAAUACAUCUUUGGCUUGUGCUAAAAUCGUCAAGAAUAAUAA